GGCCGUACACAAUAAAAUGAGGCGAUUUGUUACAUGCGCGGAGGAAAUCCCUCGCAGCCCGGUCUAGGAUGGCCUCUCCGUCUUCCUCCGUCAGUUCUACGCCGGCGCCGUCCGCAGCAAAAAAGAGCUUUCUUCGUCGCAUUUUACCCGCCCUCCUUGUUGCUAAUGUUGCCGUCGGAGUUUAUGUACUUCUACGGACUUCAAAGAAAGAAGAAAAUCAGAAUGAUCAGAAGAAUGGGGAAGUUGCAUCUGCUCCAGCUGCAACUGCAAAUGUUACAGUUUCUGAGCAGACAAAACCUGAAAGUGCUGUACCCAUAAAGGUCCUCCCUCCCAUUCCUGAGCAGGAGCAACGGGAGCUCUUCAAGUGGGUAUUGGAAGAGAAGAGGAAACUAAAGCCUCAAAAUGCAUCAGAAAAAAAGAAAAUAGACGAAGAAAAAGCUCUUCUCAAGGAGUACAUCCGAGCUAAAUCCAUCCCAGGCUUGUGAGUUUGAACAAGUUUUUCCAUUAGAUUUAUGUGUUAUUGUAUUUUUUUGCUUGGAAUUUUGAGUCAUCUGGUCUUAAUGUACACUCAUGUAAUGCAUUUGUUAACGAGUCUUUUUUCUCAUCUGGAAAACAUUGUUUGCUUUUAAUCAUGGUGUAUGGUUUUAACA